UUGGAUAAUGCCAGCUUUAUCUCAUUACUGGAUUUUCUUCUGGGCUUGGAGCAGCUGUAUGUGGCUGACCAAGAGAAGUUCCAUAAGACUGCGGAAAAACAGUACUGGACCGCGAUAGCAGAACUCAUUCCUCGUGAGGUCCCUAAUAUCAAGAAAAGAGGAAAGAAGGACGCAGACAAGAAGCCAUCAGUAACUGUCAUUCAGGGUCCGAAGCCCGGAAAGCCAACCGAUCUUUCAAGACUGCGGCACAUUCUUGUGAAGCUGAAGCAUUCCCCCCCACCUCACAUGAUUACACCCCCACCCGCACCAGAGAAGGAUGCUAAAGAUGGAAAAGAUGCAAAAAACGCAAACAGUAUUGCAUCAAACGGAACAGCAUCUGCAGAAAAAAGAACAACUGUUUCAUCUACGAAAGACACCACUGCGACCGUUGCAAGUAGUUCAUCUCCCGAACAAGAUGCUACUGCUGCCAAGGACGAAACUGUUGCAGAACCAGAGGCAACAUCAACAGCUUAAUUGCUUGCGGGGCACAUUUACCAUGGUUGUUUUCCUGCCCCAUUCUUUUUUGUUUUCCUCAAGGAUUGGUUUCUUACUGUAUUUCAUUUUACCAUUUGAUAUUUUGCUUGAAAGGAUUUCGUACCAUUAAUCAAAAUCAACCCUUUUCUUAAGUAGUUCGUUUUGGACAUUUCAUGAGAUUGGAUUUCCUUACU